GUAAACACUACAGAAGAAUUUGAUCCAGAGCCAAAGGUGAAAAUAAUGGGAUUUCUUUCAGGCACCAUGGUACCGCCCCUCCACCCCAGAAUGCAAAUGGUAUGGUCUUUUUCAGCGAUUCCUUAUGUUUGAUGUCAUUCUCCAUGAAGCAGGAAGUAGCCUGCGAAAAAACUAACAAACAGAAAGAGAUGCUAUUGUCUCUGUUUUGUAAGAGCGAUUUAUUUUCUAUUUUUGUUGGUUGGGUCUUGACCUAAUCGGCACAUAAGAAUCCAAAAAUAUAGUACAGGCCUGUCGUCUUGUGGAGAAAUAGGCCCUACACCCUCACCUCCAUAAGAAAUAAAACAAUGAGGCCAAUGCAUUUAUUGAUUUUUGCUGUAGAAUGAAAACGUCACAGAUCAACAUUUUACCCAUAGGCAGCUCUCUGGUUUUCAUUCUGGGUUACACAUUUAACUGAAAACUUAAUCUUCGCAGGCCAAACCCUAAUCUAGACAUUCGGCGCCAUUUAUUGUUUGAAUCAUUUAAUUGUUGUGUAUCCGAUAUAGAUGGAAAUAAAAGGUGAACUGUGUCACAUUCGUGUUGUCAUGUCAAAUUGCGAAUGUUUUCAAUUGACAACACAAAUACAGGUAUUGGCCUUAUUGUUCAAGAGGAGCAUAUGUACCUUGGGGUCCAAUAAUUCACCUUAGGUGUUGCUGAAUGAUGUUGAACCUGAAAACAAUUUUACAAAUGGCAAGCAUCACCGUAGCCCACAUGGUAUCAAAGGGAAGGACUACGUCCUCCAAAAGGCUGCUCCAAUUUCAAGAAAAACAUCCACACUCACAUACUUUCCGUUUGAAGAAAAUGAGCUAGAGGAAGUUUAUUUUGCACAUGUGCACCUCAUUUCCUUCCCUUAUCUCUUUAGAUUGAGUGUACGUCUUUCGUUUAGCGAGACAAAGCGCAGACUCGAACAGAGGAAGAAUGUAAAACGAGACAAUAAUAGCUUGGGCGUGGUUUGCAAGUCUUUCCUUUCACACUCAGGAGGGAGAUUUGGAAGUUCCGGAAAAGAAAGUUGACUCAGAUGACGGACGACAAACAUGGCGACAAGUGGCGGCGGCAGCCAGGAGCAGCCCAACGUCCCUUGCGACUCGUGCAUGGACGAGCCGGGCAGAGCCGUCAAAUCCUGCCUGACCUGCUUGGUGUCCUUCUGCGAGGAUCACCUCAGACCUCACCUGGAGAACGCCAAGUUCCGGAACCACCGACUGGUGGAGCCUUUACCCCACGUGGACGCGCGCACGUGUGACGUUCACCGUCUUCCGCUGGAGCGCUUUUGUCUGACGGACGGCUGCUGCCUGUGCUCCGACUGCUGCGGUCAGGAGCACCAAGGUCACACCACAACGUCUUUGGAGGAGGGGAGGGCUCAGAUUGAGAGUGAGCUGCAGAAAACGCACCAGGAGAUGAAUCUGAGCAUCGUGGCCACAGACAAAGCAAUGGAGAAGCUGCGGAGCAACAACGACAGCAUGACGUCUGUAGUGCAGGAGGUGUCGGCUCAGGUGGAUCAGCACUUCUCCAGGCUGCAGGAAGCGGUGGCGGAGGCCAGGAAGCAGGCGACGGAGCAGCUGGAGGCAGAGCGGAGGCGAGCGCUGCGCCAGGCGGAGGGCGUGGAGGCGCACCUGAAGCAGAGGAAGGCGGAGCUGAGCAAGACUUUGGCGAGGCUAAGCAAAGUGUCGCGGAGUGAGUGCGAUGUCGCCUUCCUGCAGGAGUACUCGGAGUGGAAGGAGGGAGUGGUGGAUGUUUGCUUUCCUAAUGUCAGCGUGACCCGUUUGGACCAUGUAAACGCUUACGUCCCGGUGGUAGCCAGCGUCACGCAACACUUGUGUGACCUGAUUUUGACCUCCUACCACGACAACCUCAGCGCCAUUUCUCAAGGCAGCCUAUCCCAGACGCCGCAUGUUUUGUUGCCUGAUCCAAAGACCGUGGAAGACUUAUUAAAAUAUGUAAAGAAUUUGACGUUUGAUUCGGACACCGUCCAUAACUUCCUGCGCCUAACAGAGGACAACACGAAGGUCACCAACACCAGCCCCUGGCAACACAGCUACGCGGACCACCCGGAUCGCUUCGAGCACUGGCGCCAGGCGAUGACGUCACAGAGCGUUUACGAGGGCCGCCGCUACGCCGAGGCGGAGCUGAGCGGCGAGGGGGCGCACGUGGGCGUCACCUACAAAAGCCUCGAGCGCAAGGGCCAAGAAACCGGCGGCUGCAUCACCGCCAACGACUUCUCGUGGUGCGUCGGGAGGAACGGCCGAGGACUCUCCGCCUGGCACGCCGGCGUGGAGACGCCGGUGGAGGCGCAGGACGUGACGAGAAUUGGCGUAUACGUUGACUUCUACGCCGGCCACGUGUCGUUUUACCACGCGAACGGGCCCAUGAGGCUCCUGCACAAGUACAAUGCCAAUUUCAUUGAACCUUUGUAUCUCGUCGUGUGGCUUUCUAAGAAGGAGAAUGUGGUUUGUUUAGUUCAUAGAAAAUGAUGCCUCCUGCCAUCACUAAAGGGGACAUAGCAUCAAAACAUCUUUUUGUAAAGGAUUGUAUGAAAUCUUUUGUGAUCUGCCUAUUUCUGAACAUGUCUGUGAGCGAUUUUACACUUCCCCCCCCCCCAUUGUGAUGUUGCAGUAGGGCUCAUUGACAUAAUAUCGAUCCGCCCACGACUUGAUCAGAUCCAGAGCUACUUUCAAGUGAUGGACGGACUCUCCCGUCAUGCUUGGUGAUGCGUGCAUGCGCGACAUGAGUGAAAAUAAAAAGAAAACCCAAAAGUCAGUAUACGUUGUUACACACUGCGUGAACAUAAACGCUUGCAGAUUGUUCCCACAAAGUCGAAAGCAUGGACUUGUCUUGGUAAGAUUGAAAUAUAACUUAGAAUGGAUACUGUUA